GCGGCGCCGGCGCCGCGCGCCGCGCCGCCCGCGCUCCGGGGCGCCGCGGGGACGGCGGGCACCCUGGCGGCGAGCAUGGAGUCGCUGGAGGCGCCCCCCCCGGUGGGCGACGCGGGCUGCUCCAGCCUGUCCAGCGACCAGCUGCCCUGGCGGCCCUGCUGGUCACCGCGUGCCUCGGCCGAGUUCUCGGCGAGGCAGCUGGAGCAGCUGCGCAGCUGUGUGCGGGCCGCGAUGCGGGAGGAGAUCUGGGCGCAGCCGCGCAGGGGCGGGAGUGCCAGGCAGCCGCCGCAGGGGGCAGCCAGGCUCCCAGGGUGUUGGGGCAUCCCGCCGGCCGACGCUGGCCACACGGACAGAAGGCCGUCCGUCGGGAGAGCGCAGAGGGCGGCCGAGGCGGCGCCGCUGACUGGCAGGAACCCCCGGGGGAAAACCGCGGACGAGCCAGUGGCCGCGGUGCAGGACUCUGCGAUUCCUGCCGUGGUGGACGAGCUGAAAGAGAUGGACAAGCUGGUGCGUGCUUCUUCUUCUUCACAGUCUUCGAUUGAGGAAUGUCAGACGGAAAUCUCCAGGAAGAGCACACAGUUCAAAUCCGUCCUUCGGAGGACCAGCUUUACAAGCCUCGACUCGAGCCUACCAUGGUGGCAAUCGAGAGUCAAGAAGCUCGUCCACGGACAAUACUUUGACGCCGUUAUGGGUUUGAUCAUCAUGGUGAAUUGCGUGUUCAUCGGUUUAGAAGUUCAGCUCAAGCUGGAGGACAAAGAAGUGAUCAUCUUAUCUUGGUUGGACUCGAUAUUCUUGGUAUGGUUCCUGUUUGAGGCCAUUCUGCGUUUUGUAGCGGACGGCCAGUCCGUUUUUCGGAGCCCUUGGUUUAGAUUCGACGUCGCCCUCGUUGUCAUCGGAAUCGCCGUCUCUUGGGUCAUGAUGCCCAUCGUCAAAGCCUUGGGCGUGCAGCAAGUACCUUUGGUAUCCCAGCUCUUGACCCUGCGGAUUCUCCGGCUCCUUCGAACCGUGAGGGCUUUCAGGAUGAUGAGCGCGUUCAGCGAGCUAUGCAGAUUGUGUAGCGGGCUCCUGAGGUCACUACGAACAAUGUUGUCGGUAGGCUUGAUGGUGUUCGUUUCUUUGUUCAGCUUCUCUGUUCUAGGAGUCGACCUGAUAACACACUCAGAGAAACUCAAUGCGAACGACGAGACCCGCAAGAUAGUCGAAUCGAGGUUUGCGAGUCUACCGGAGUUCAUGCUGACGUUGAUGCAGUUCGCGACCCAGGACAGCAUUGCAAGCAUAUAUUACCCACUCAUGCAGGAGGAGCCAUUGCUGACGCUGUAUUUCUGCGGACUGUGGAUGGUGAUAGCCGUGGCGUUGAUGAAUCUUGUUACAGCCGUCAUCGUGGACAGCGCCCUUUCAUUGGGGCGCGAGGAGGCCGACUUGAAGCAGGCGAUCAAUCGCAAGGUGCUGCAGAAGAACAUUCCGAAUCUUGAGGCGAUGUUUGAAAUCGUCGACAAGGACAACAACGGCACCAUCUCGUUUCAAGAGUUGCAUGGUAUGCACCAGGAAGGCAAGCUUAUUUUCCCGAAGGACAUAUCUUCAAUGAUCGACCCCGAGCACCUGGUUGACAUGUUUGAGUUCGUGGACAAAGACAAGUCAGGUGAGAUAGACAAAGAUGAGUUUAUUGAGGGCGUGUGCUGCCUUGCACUCUCUUCGAUGUCCAUCGAGGCAUUGCAGAUGCUUCAGUUGCUCCGGGGGUGCCACCAGAUGCUGGUAGACAUCCAGGGCCCAAAUCGUGUUCACGUGCCCCGCUGGUAGUCGGCCUCGCAUCCACGUGUAAUGCUACCUGAGAGCUGCGAGGACUCAGUGCAAGGCCAGUGCCACCUCAGUUGACGGGGCCAUGGUGCGCAGUCCGUGACAGUUCGGCUUUCUCAAUGCAGUUUGUGCAGCUUAUGUCUACACAUGUUUGCAAGUGUGGACCACAAAUAUCGGUGAAGUCUCGGCAGUGUGUGGCAAAAACUUGCCCCGACGCCAGAUCAACGAGUACUGAUUCCCCCUCUGAGCAUCCGGGUUCCUUGCUUCGGGCGUCCGCGACCGCGUACUGCAUCACGCCCACGAGGCGUUUGCACACAUACGUGUAAAUAUACCCAUACAUUCAUACAUUUAUGCACAUGCACACACGCACCUCCGUCCUUCGCCCCUCGCAGGGUGCCAGGGCGGUAGAGUCGCGAGGGGGGCUGCAGCUGCAGGGGCCAGGUUCUGCCAGGCCUGCAGCCAUUGCCUCUCUGUACCCCCCCGCGCCCAGCCUCCUCCUCUUCCUCCUCCACCUCCUCCUCCCCCUCCUUCUCCUCCUCCUCCUGCCCCUCCUCCUCCUCCUCCUCCUCCUCCUCC